AUUAUUAUAUUUAGUGUUUUCUCGGUUGGCUCUUCCUUUUUUGUUUCUGUUUCCUCUCUUUUUAUUGAAAAAUUAGGGUUUCCGUCAGCGGUGGUGAGAAUCAAUGGCGUCGACUUCGAGGAAGAUAAUGUUGAGGAGCUCCGACGGAGAGACUUUUGAGGUGGAGGAAGCGGUGGCGGUUGAGUCGCAGACGAUCAAGCACAUGAUCGAGGACGAUUGCGCCGACAACGAGAUCCCUCUCCCAAACGUCACCAGCAAGAUCUUGUCCAAGGUCCUUGAGUACUGCAAGAAGCAUGUCGAUGCUGUUGCCGACAAGGAAAAGACUCCCGAUGACGAACUCAAGGCUUGGGAUGCUGAUUUUGUCAAGGUUGACCAAAAUACCCUCUUUGACCUCAUCCUGGCAGCGAACUAUCUGAAUAUCAAGAGCUUGCUGGACUUGACCUGCCAAACUGUGGCUGAUAUGAUAAAGGGAAAGACACCCGAGGAGAUUCGCAAGACCUUCAACAUCAAGAACGAUUUCACCCCCGAGGAAGAAGAGGAGGUUAGGAGGGAGAAUCAAUGGGCAUUCGAGUGAUAGGAAAGCCUUUAAAUUUAAUGUUGAUAUUAUUAUAGUUUCUAUGCUUUUCUGGCUAGGUUUUCAAGUUGGGGAAAAAAUUAAGAACAUUGGCUUUCUUUUGGCUUAUUUUGUUAUAUGCAUUAGUGUCUUCUAUUCUAGAGGAUAUUUAAUAUGAACCUCUCCCCUCCUCUAUUAUCAUAAUAUAAUUAGAAUUUCUUAA